AUGUUACGACAACUGUCAUACAAUUUGGCCGUAUCGAAACAAUUUGAAAGAAAAGGUUACACUGCUGGGGAUGAAACUCUAUCUCUAUCUUUGUGUCUACAGUCUUUCUUUGUGAACGCGUGGGUCCGGGUGAAUUUAACAUGAAAGUGAAUUUGUGCAGAACUAUAACUUCGAAAAGAAAAAAUCACUAAAGGGGAGACACAGUUAUAUAGCAUGAAUCAACACAUAUAUAGCAUGAAAGAAACCUGUAAGAGAUAAUAGGCACAUGCGUUAUCUAAGGUGGAACGGUGCGCUAUCGAAUUUAGCGUCGGAACUUAAAGAGUUCCAUUAUUUCCAACGGCGUAGUGUUGGACGCAUCGAUUUUCUACAUCUAGUGUUUCUAAUUAUGGAACAGUAAACCAAAAUUGCAACAAAGUUUUUACGAUUUAAGUGAAGCAUUCCGGCGCUUAAAGUGAAAUCUAUGACCGCCUAUUCAAAUUGUCCUGGAUUGGGUGUGUCAUCGAUAUCUUGCGUAAAGUGUUAUUUAAAUAACUUUACUGACAAUAAGUACUGAUAAAAAUGAUGAAUGCAUCACGAAAAAAACUUUAUUUUAACAUGGUGCUAAUACUAGCCACAGGUACAUUAUUAAAAGAAGAUACUUCCGGAUUCGUACAUGCUGCUGAAGCAGGAGACGAGCCCAGAAAUGAUGCAAAUUACACUAAGACACCAAUUUCGGCGGCAUCAAAACUCUGUGAGAGCUGUAAUUGUAUCAGAGACAAAGGUGUGUUUGACUGUACCAGUAAGCAAAUCGGAGCAACAUCAUUCCCUCUAGAAGACUGGCAAUCGCUGAACACAAAUGGAUUAGACGUGAAGUUGGUUUUUCUUGUUUCCACUGGUCUGAAAGAAAUUACUCGCUUUCCUCCCAUGAAUGUAACAUGGUUAGAUUUGAGCCACAAUGAGAUUGCGACAAUCCAAACUGGUUGUUUUACCAAUUUAACGCUGCUGCAGGUGCUAGAUAUAUCGCAUAAUCGAUUGAAAAGUGAAUCACUUAAUCCAGACGUUUUCGCUGGACAUUAUUCAACAAACGAAUACAUGCCAUUGUCAAAACUACGUGUGUUACGCCUUGGUGCAAACGAUUUGCAUUCACUGAACCCAGAUUUAUUUGAACAUCUCCCUGCAUUAGAAGAACUAAGUCUCGAGUUGAAUCCAUUCAAAGUAAUAGACCAACAGUCGGAAAUUGCCAUCGCCAGUAUCGAGCGCCUGGUCAGUCUUGACCUUAGCUAUAUGGAACUUGAAGAUAUCCCAAAGUAUCUAUUCCACACACCGCGCGGACUUCGAUAUCUUAAUCUAACAGGAAACUUACUGCAGGAGGUUCCAGCUGCGUUAUCCUAUGCUACCGCCUUAGCAUGGCUUAGUCUUGAUGAAAAUCCAAUAAGUUCUAUCGUGGUAGGCACCGAAUUCCCAUCAUUGAAACAACUGACUUUUCUCAGCCUAUCAUAUAUGAGUCAACUGAAAGUGAUCGGUCGUGGAGCUUUCAGCGGACUAGAAUCGCUACAAGAAGUACAUAUUACAAAUAACCCGCAUCUAACCUAUCUUCAUGAACAUGCAUUUGUGCGUAAUGAUACUGAUAACCCAGAACGCCUUGAUUGGCCACCGGUCAAGCGGUUAUACCUUCACAACAAUAAUAUAUCAUAUCUCGACGCUCAACUGCUUGUUCAAUGGGACACAAUGGAUGUGAUCGACAUUCGUGCUAACCCGUGGACAUGCGAUUGCACAAAUCGAUGGGUGCUUCUUUCAUUAUUGCCUAUUAUUGAACGAACAACUCCGGCGAUCCUAAACAAUAUUGACUGCAAAAGUCCUUCGCAGAUGGCAGGAUUGUCUAUGGUAGAUCUAGAGCACAAGCAAACACAUCUGCGAUGCCCCGACGAAGCUGGUAAUAAUCCUUCAAAUGACGGGGCACUUCUUAUGGGAUUGCUGAUAGGUGUUCUCUUAGCGAUUCCAUUAACGGCCGCGAUAUGGUGUGUAUACAAACGCGGUUGUUUUGGACUAUUCGGUAGUGGGACCCCUGCAGCUUAUUCGCGUGCAUUCUACAGUCGCACUACACUCAACGAGGAAUUUUAGUGUAAAACAUAAGGAGAGAGGAAAGAGACGGAACCAAACUGACUUUAUUACUUAAUACCAUAUGCCAUAACAAUUAUAUUUGUAUAUUUUUUCACUUCCCGUAUUCAUAGAAAUCGUUAAAUUCGUGAAGUUAGAUAAAAUAAAUCCCCAAUUCUGCUCCCAGUA